GCGGACUCAACUUGUCCCCAACAAAAUGCCUGACCUGUUUACGACAGACAACCUCACCGUCGCACUCGGCCUCGUUGCGGCAGGCGCCUUUCUGCUGCACUCCUUCCUUACCCCGCAGUCUCUUGUGCAUCCUAUUCUACUCGGACGACAGAGCGACGUGGACCGCGUGAGGCAGAAGGGCGAGAGUGCUGUCUACAGGAACUAUGGCACCGGACUCAUGAGUUCGCUUCCUGCUAGACCAGCUGGAGCAAUUGCAACAGUCCUGGACUUCAUCAAAUCAGACUUCACCGGAAGUCGGUCACUUUGGUCAACAAACAUUACGAACGAAAAGCUCAAGGCACGCAUCACAGCUCUGGGUGCUGGUCUUGUCCGUAUUGUUGGACUCCAGCCCAAGGAAUCAAAUGUUUUGCUACUUUUGAACGACAGUCUUGACUUUCUCGUUGCGGAUCUCGCUCUUGCAUCGCAGUCAAUCCCGUCACUCACGAUUUCUUCUCUGACUCUCCUCUCUGCCGUUCUUGACGCACAGCCUCCCAGUGCAAUAAUUCUUCAUGUACACUCUUUCAGUCAUCUCCUUGAACAGAUUGCCGAGAAUCGAGAGUACGCGCAUCAUACGUUCAUCCUCGUUGGUGAAGGGGACCUUCCGGACGUCGUCGAGAAGCUUCAUGUAAAGAUCUUCUGGCUCGCCGACUUGGAAAAGAAGGGAGCGAAUGAGGCACCUGUCGAGUCACCGCAAAUCCAACCCCAGGAUAUCUACUCCGUAUCAUUUUAUCCCGGACCCAACCAUGAAUUAAAAGCAACUCGGUUGACUCACCAGAACAUGACUGCGGGUGUCACAGCUACUCGCGCUUUAUUCCCACUCAGUGGAGCGAUAUCCGAGUCUGACUCCAUAGCCUCCUCUCACUCACUGUCAACUCCCUUUGGACGAGCCGUCGCGUACACGGCAUUGUAUGAGAAUGCUCACUUCAGCACAAUCGAUACUAGUACUGUGUUCUCCAGAAGUGGCACAUCCACUCAGGAAACCGAGGCCUUGAAACAGCUUAUCAAAAUGUCCCCGGCUCUAACAAUCACUUUCCUAACGCCACCUCAGCUCAACACUAUCGUCUCGUCUAUCCUGUCGCUUGCAGAAAAGUCUCUCUUCUUUUCUGUGGCAUGGCGACACAAGCUCUCCCAUCUGCAACACGGUUUCCUCAGUAAAGAAAACAUGUGGGACAAUUCCUUCUUCGUCGGACCACGUAAGGCUAUUUUGAAAGGCAUGGCCAAUAGCCUUCGCGCCGUCGUUAUUAGUGGUGACGUGGUCAAUGCGAAAUCUCUCACGCCCGCUCGCCUUGUGCUCUCCGUCCCUGUUGUGAACACUCACCAGCACCCGCUUGUGGCAGGACCUGUGUUCUUCUCGCAUCCACUUGACUUCCAGGAUUUCCCGGCAAAAUCGGUAACUGGCAACCCGGAGUUUGCGGGCAUUGCCCAUGUUGGUCCGCCGUCGAUCAACGUCGAGGCAAAGCUUGCGGGCGUAGACGAUGCGGCGAUCGAAAGCGGAGUGGAUCCCAUUGGCGAGAUCGUCGUCCGUGGGCCGUCCGUAACCCUCCCCCUCGAAGAGGACAGGGAGAUCGCUCCUCGUAGUUGGGUGCCGCUCGGAGAGAAAGGGAUGGCUCAGUCGAACGGAAGUUUUAAGGUCAUUCCGGCGCGCAAACAUCGUGUCUUGUGAACGUGUGACGAGGAGUACACGAAUGUCUAUUCAGUUGAAAGAGUUAACCUAUCUUGCUAUGUCUGCUUAUCAAAAUAGUUUGCUGUCUGUUCUGUUCGUUUGUACAUCAUUAAACUCUGCAUGCAAUAUGAGGAUGGAAUUUUGCC